CGCGCAGCGGGAGGGUAGGGCAGGAGAGCCCCAGGCGGCUGGAGAGGGGCCGGGAAGGGGACUCGAGACAGAGAAGCUGAUUCAAAAGAAAACAGACAAGAAGUGUUCUUGGGGGGUGUUGAGCCAGGCUAGUGGGCCUCUAAAGGACCAGAUCCCCCCAGGCGCCAAGAGGUUCCCCAACCCGGGCUGGAACCUCGCUGUGCACAGGCAGCUGGCACAGCCCAUGUAAGAGGCGGAGAAGAACAUGCAGAGCUUCCAGGGCAGGAUGCGGUCCCGGCUCCUUCCAGCUGUUCUGGCCGUUGUCUAUUUCUGCACCAUCAUCCAGGGGCAAGUGGCUCCACCUACGAGGCUAAGAUAUAAUGUCAUAUCUCAUGACAGUAUACAGAUUUCAUGGAAGGCUCCAAGAGGGAAAUUUGGUGGAUACAAACUUCUUGUGACUCCAGCUUCAGGGGGAAAGACCAACCAACUGACUCUUCAGAACACUGCAACGAAGGCAAUUAUUCAAGGCCUGAUGCUGGAGCAGAAUUACACAGUACAGCUCAUUGCAUAUAAUAAAGACAAAGAAAGCAAGCCGGCUCAAGGCCAAUUCAGAAUUAAAGACCUAGAGAAAAGAAAGGACCCAAGCAAGCCCAGAGUCAAGGUUGUGGACAAAGGAAAUGGCAGUAAGCCUAUGUCACCAGAAGAGGUGAAGUUCUUCUGCCAAACCCCAGCGAUUGCAGACAUUGUGAUCCUGGUGGACGGCUCAUGGAGCAUCGGGAGAUACAACUUCAGGCUGGUUCGGAAUUUCUUGGAAAACUUGGUCACAGCCUUCGAUGUGGGCUCAGAGAAGACGCGAGUCGGUCUGGCGCAGUACAGUGGAGACCCCAGGAUAGAAUGGCACUUGAAUGCUUUUAGCACCAAACAGGACGUGAUCGAUGCUGUCCGGAACCUGCCGUACAAGGGAGGAAACACUCUCACAGGUCUUGCUUUGAACUACAUUUUCGAAAAUAGCUUUAAGCCAGCAGCAGGAUCAAGAAGUGGAGUUUCCAAAAUUGGCAUUUUAAUCACAGAUGGAAAAUCCCAAGAUGAUGUAAUUCCACCAUCUAGAAACCUUCGUGAUUCUGGAGUAGAGCUCUUUGCCAUAGGGGUGAAAAAUGCGGACCUGAACGAGCUGCAGGAGAUCGCCUCUGAGCCCGACAGCACCCAUGUGUACAAUGUUGCUGAGUUUGACCUCAUGCACACAGUGGUGGAGAGCCUGAGCAGGACUGUGUGCUCCGGAGUGGAAGAGCAGGACCGGGAGAUUAAAGCCUCAGCCCUUGCCACCAUCGGGCCACCUACAGAGUUGAUUACUUCUGAAGUCACUGCCAGGAGCUUUAUGGUUAACUGGACUCACGCCCCAGGAAGAGUGGAGAAGUACAGAGUUGUGUACUAUCCUACCAGAGGUGGAAAGCCAGAAGAGGUCGUGGUGGAUGGCAGUGUAUCUUCCAUGGUGUUGAAAAACUUGAUGUCUCUGACUGAAUACCAGCUCGCAGUCUUUGCAGUCUAUGCCCACACUGCUAGCGAAGGCCUGCGGGGAACGGAAACCACACUUGCGUUGCCCAUGGCGUCCGACCUUGAACUGUACGAUGUGACUGAGGACAGCAUGCGUGUCAGGUGGGACGCCGUGCCUGGAGCCACAGGAUAUCUGAUCCUCUAUGCUCCUCUCACAGAGGGCCUGGCUGGGGAUGAAAAAGAGAUGAAAAUUGGAGAGACCCACACAGACAUUGAGCUGAGUGGGUUGUUCCCCAAUACGGAGUACACAGUCACAGUUUAUGCCAUGUUUGGAGAGGAAGCCAGCGAUCCUGCCACAGGGCAAGCGACCACAUUACCUUUAACUCCACCAAGAAACUUGAGAAUCUCCAAUGUUGGCUCUAACAGCGCCCGGCUAACCUGGGACCCAAGCUCAAGAAAGAUCAGUGGUUACCGAAUUGUCUAUACCAGUGCCGAUGGAACUGAAAUCAAUGAGGUCGAAGUUGAUCCCAUCACCACGUUCCCUCUGAAAGGCCUGACGCCGCUCACAGAGUAUUCUGUUGCCAUUUUCUCCGUCUAUGAGGAGGGGCAGUCUCUGCCUCUGGUUGGAGUUUUCACCACAGAGGACAUUCCAGCGCAACAAUACCUAGAGAUCGACGAGGUGAAGACGGAUGGCUUCCGAGUGACGUGGCACCCGCUCUCGGCCGAGGAAGGGCAGCACAAGCUGAUGUGGAUCCCGGUCUACGGCGGGAAGACCCAGGAGGUCAUCCUGCAGGAAGAGCAGGACUCAUACGUGGUUGAAGGCCUGGAGCCCGGCACGGAAUACGAAGUGUCACUGCUGGCCGUGCUCGAUGAUGGAAGCGAGAGCGAGGUGGUGACCGCGGUUGGGACCACACUUGACAGUUUUUGGACGGAAUCAGCGACAACUGUAGAACCAACUAGAUCUGUGAUAUCAGUCCUCCAGACAGGAAUCAGAAACCUGCUUGUAGAUGAUGAAACCACCUCUAGCCUGCGGGUAACAUGGGACAUUUCUGACAGCAAUGUGGAGCAGAUUAGGGUGACCUAUGUGACGGCUCAAGGGGACCCUACGGAAGAAGUGGUAGGAACGGUUAUGGUGCCUGGAGGGCAGAACAGUCUCCUUUUGAAGUCGCUGAUGACAGAAACUGAAUACAAAGUGACAGUGACUCCCAUCUACACGGAUGGAGAAGGCGUCAGUGUCUCUGCCCCUGGAAAAACCUUACCAUCCUCUGGUCCCCAAAAUUUAAGGGUCUCAGAAGAAUGGUAUAACCGCUUGCGCAUUACAUGGGACCCACCGUCGGCGCCUGUGAAGGGGUAUAGAAUUGUCUACAAACCCGUCAGUGUUCCUGGCCCAACGCUGGAAACUUUCGUGGGUGCUGACAUUAACACCAUUCUCAUCACGAACCUGCUCAGUGGGAUGGACUACAACGUGAAGAUAUUCGCUUCCCAGGCUGCAGGCUUCAGUGACGCCCUGACAGGCGUGGUGACAACAUUGUUCUUGGGUGUGACAGAUCUCCAAGCCAACCAAGUUGAGAUGACAAGCUUAUGUGCUCAAUGGAAGAUACAUCAUCAUGCUACAGCCUACAGGGUAGUUAUAGAAUCCCUUCAGGACACCCAAAAGCAGGAAUCCACUGUGGGAGGAGGGGCAAACAUGCAUUGUUUCUACGGACUUCAGCCGGAUUCCGAGUAUAAAAUCAGUGUUUACACAAAGCUCCAGGAGAUCGAGGGACCCAGUGUGAGCAUCGCGCAAAGAACACAAUCUCCUCCUACUCAGCCACCAACUUUUCCUCCAACCAUUCCACCUGCAAAAGAAGUAUGUAAAGCUGCCAAGGCAGACCUGGUGUUCAUGGUGGAUGGAUCCUGGAGCAUUGGAGAUGACAAUUUCAAUAAGAUCAUCAACUUUCUCUAUAGUACUGUGGGAGCCUUGAACAAGAUUGGUGCAGAUGGAACUCAAGUGGCAAUGGUUCAGUUCACUGAUGACCCCAGAACAGAAUUCACGCUGAACUCUUACAAAACCAAAGAGACGCUACUUGACGCAAUCAGACAUAUUUCAUACAAAGGAGGAAACACAAAAACAGGAAAAGCUAUUAAGCACGUUCGAGAUACCCUGUUUACUGUAGAGUCAGGUACAAGGAGAGGCAUCCCAAAGGUUAUUGUGGUCAUAACGGAUGGAAGAUCGCAAGAUGAUGUGAACAAAAUCUCCAGGGAGAUGCAGGAGGAUGGCUAUAACAUUUUUGCCAUCGGCGUGGCUGAUGCCGACUACUCAGAGCUGGUUCGGAUUGGCAGCAAGCCCAGCUCCCGGCACGUCUUCUUUGUGGACGACUUUGAUGCCUUUAAGAAAAUCGAGGAUGAACUGAUUACUUUUGUCUGUGAAACCGCAUCAGCAACCUGCCCACUGGUGCACAAGGAUGGCAUUGAGCUUGCAGGAUUUAAGAUGAUGGAGAUGUUUGGCUUGGUUGAAAAGGAUUUUUCAUUGGUGGAAGGGGUUUCCAUGGAGCCUGGUACCUUCAAUCUGUACCCGUGUUACCAACUUCAUAAAGAUGCCCUGGUUUCCCAGCCAACCAAGUAUCUACAUCCAGAGGGAUUGCCUUCUGAUUACACAAUCAGCUUUCUGUUCCGGAUUCUUCCUGAUACUCCACUGGAGCCAUUUGCCCUUUGGGAGAUUUUAAAUAAAAAUUCUGACCCACUGGUUGGAAUCAUAUUAGACAACGGUGGGAAAACACUAACCUAUUUCAAUUAUGACCACACUGGAGAUUUUCAAACUGUCACUUUCGAAGGACCGGAAAUUAGGAAAAUGUUCUAUGGAAGCUUUCAUAAGCUCCACGUGGUUGUCAGCAAGACUUUGGUCAAAGUGGUUGUUGACUGCAAGCAAGUGGGUGAGAAAGCAAUAAAUGAAUCAGCUAAUAUCACAUCAGAUGGUGUGGAAGUCCUGGGGAGAAUGGUCAGGUCAAGAGGACCCAAUGGAAAUUCUGCACCAUUCCAGCUACAGAUGUUUGACAUUGUUUGUUCCACAUCAUGGGCCAGUAGAGACCAAUGCUGUGAACUUCCAGGCCUGAGGGAUGAGGAGUCCUGCCCAGACCUUCCACAUUCCUGCUCCUGUUCAAAAGCCAAUGAAGUGGCUCUGGGACCAGCCGGCCCCCCAGGUGGUCCAGGACUCCGAGGACCAAAAGGCCAGCAAGGUGAACAGGGUCCAAAGGGACCGGAGGGCCCUCGGGGAGAAACUGGCCCUAUCGGACCUCAGGGACCCCCUGGACCACAAGGACCCAGUGGUCUGUCCAUUCAAGGAAUGCCCGGAAUGCCAGGCGAAAAAGGAGAGAAAGGAGACACUGGCCUUCCUGGUCCACAGGGGGUCCCAGGAGGCGUAGGUUCACCAGGACGUGAUGGCUCACCGGGCCAGAGGGGAUUUCCUGGAAAGGAUGGUUUCUCUGGCCCCCCAGGACCACCAGGCCCAAUUGGUAUUCCUGGCGCCCCUGGUGUCCCCGGGAUCACGGGCAGCAUGGGACCGCAAGGGGCACUGGGGCCACCGGGUGUCCCUGGAGCAAAGGGAGAGCGAGGUGAACGAGGGGACCUGCAGUCUCAAGCCAUGGUGAGGGCAGUGGCACGUCAAGUGUGUGAGCAGCUCAUCCAGAGUCACAUGGCCAGGUAUACAGCCAUCCUCAACCAGAUUCCCAGCCACUCCACAUCCAUCCGGACCAUCCAAGGGCCCCCUGGGGAGCCUGGGAGACCAGGCUCACCUGGAACCCCUGGAGAACAAGGACCCCCAGGUACACCAGGCUUCCCAGGAAAUGCAGGUGUGCCAGGGACCCCAGGAGAACGAGGUCUAACUGGUGUCAAGGGAGAGAAAGGAAAUCCAGGCAUUGGAAGUCAAGGUCCAAGAGGCCCCCCUGGACCAGCAGGACCUUCUGGGGAAAGUCGACCUGGCAGCCCUGGGCCACCUGGCUCUCCUGGACCAAGAGGUGCCCCAGGUCACCUGGGAGUACCUGGACCACAGGGUCCUUCUGGACAGCCUGGAUAUUGUGACCCCUCAUCAUGUUCUGCCUAUGGUGCAGGAGCUCCCCAUCCAGAUCAGCCUGAAUUCACCCCAGUCCAGGAUGAGCAGGAAGCCUUGGACCUGUGGGGUUCCGGAAUCUGAUGAGCUCAGGAGAUGUUUGAAGAACUACGGCAAGACCUCUUAAGGAACUUGACUCACAAAAAUGAUGUCAUGUGGUUUGUAUGCUACUUUGGGGGGAAAGGCUCAUUUCAGCAGCUUAAAUAUCCUCUGUGAAUCAUGUUAUUUUUAACCAAAAUGUUAUUUUUAAUACAUGCCCUUAACCUGUGACAACAUAGAAAGAUUCCCCUAUGCUGUUUUAAUGGCAUGCUGGGUAAUUUGGCCUUUUUCUCAAAGAGAGUACUCAAAGAGGAACUGGGAGAGAUAAACUGCACCCCGGAAAUUUUUCUCUGUUAGAUGAUCUCAGGUGCUAAGUGAACAAGAUAGACGUGGCUACAUUGGAGUGGACAUGGGUGGGGGGCAGCAGAAGAAUGAAUUUAAAGAUUCCAGAUUAUGCCGCUUACUCCACCCCUGUGGAACGGCCUUGCUGAUAAGAGGAAACCAUCACCAUUUGGUAAAACUCCCUCUUGCUGAAACUGAUCUGUCCAGCUCCGAGAUCAUUUAGUAACUGAUUUCAUGGGCUCUCAAAAAACAAAUGCUAGACUUUCGUAUUUGAUAAGUUUAAAAAAAUGAUUCAGUUUCUCAAUAGUUUCUGACUCAAGAAAAAGAAUGCCUGUUGACCAACUGUAAUGUGAAAGACCCAUCUUUGAAGAAUAAUUUGUCCAGCAGUAUGUUCCAGGGCCUGCCUCUCCUUCACUACAGGGACUACUUUGUACAUGAGGAUACGUUUUGACAGACCUAUUUUUUAUUCUUUUUUGUAAGCAAAAUAAAAAAAAAUUAAAACAA